CAAAAAAAAAAAAAAAAAAAAAAAAAAAGAAAAAAUAAAGACAAGUGUUUUUUGGACCCACAUUUCUUCUAUAUUAUGUCGACACCUACCCAAAAUAUUUUCCCGCCUUUCCACUCAAAAACCUAAUUAAAAUAUUAUUUCAACCCAAUAAAAAAAAUAAAAGUAAAAUAAAUUCCAUGAAUUUGGGGCUGAGUAUUUUUUAUUUUUUACUUUGGUAGAUAAUUUAGAGAGAGAAACUUGAAGAGAUAGAAAGUGAGAAGAAUGUUGAAGAGCUUUGAGUGCUCUUCUUCAUUUUACUACCAUGGAUACACCUGAUAAGUCAACUGCUCAACCCAGUCCUUCUUCAUUUCUGUCCAAAUUUGAGGAUUCUCCAGUCUUUAAUUACAUCAGCACUCUGUCACCUAUCAAACCAUUUAGCUUGGGUCACAGCACACAGCCAUUUCACCUUCUUAAUUUUUCUUCUCCUCAAGCCUUUAAGACGCCUCCAACUUGUCCAAGGGAACCUAAGUUUCCAAGGCCACUUCAUGUUUCUGAAGUACCUAAGAAUAACUUCUCUCAGAAUGGCAGUGAAGGUAAAAAUGCAGAGGCCUCAUCUGCAAUAGAGCCAACUGAUUUGCAUACUGAAAAGGUGGACAAAAUCGACAGUUCGGUGACUGUCAGCACAGCUGAUGAAUCCUCAAAGCUGGUCUCUGGGAUUCCGAGAUCCAUGAAAUAUGAAUGCAAUUCUCCUGAGAAUAAUGUGGUCAACAGUGAUGUUGUGAAGACACAUAGUGAGUUUAAUGUAGCUGGAACAGAAUUAUUCCCUGCUAAAGUCAAACAAGAUAAUUCUAAAGAAGCAGACUGUUCAUUUGGAAAUGAAAUGGGACUGCUGGCAAAUCCAAUGGCACAGAAUAAGGAAGUAUGUGAGUGGGAGAAGUUUGUUUGUGAAGCUUCUGAUAUGUCAAACUACCAUUCACCUACAGAGGAAAAUUAUCAAGAUGGGUCAGAUGAUAGAAAUACAGAUUCGGGGAUGCUGUCUUUUGUUGCAACAGUUUUGCAGCCCCCAAGUGAACAUAUUAAUGAUCCACCGAAAUUGGACCCUGACUGUCAUAUUAUAUCUGAAAACCGUCACAUGGAUGUUCCUAUGAAUAAACAAGGAGAAAUGGGAAAUUUGAAUGAAAGAAACCAAGUUACUACUGGUGAUGCUUCUGUACUUGCUGAGGAAGUUGUCCAUUAUUCAAGGACUGAAAUUGGUGACAAGUCUGGUUCACAACAGCAGCAAACAACAAGAAGGCGUUGCCUAGUAUAUGAGAUGCCUGGAUCUCAUUACAGGAAACUGUUAGCUGAUUCAACAGGCAAUUCUCCAACCAAACCGGCUGCUAGUUCUAGCAUCUUAAAUGAUAAGUGUCUGAUGGUCAGCAGACCAGGGGGCAAUAAAUUUUCAUCAGCACUCCCUGGUAUUGGUUUGCAUUUGAAUACUCUAACUGCUGGUGCUAAAGAUAAAAUAAUUGUCAAGAGACAGACUUUGACUUGUAGAAGGCAAUUAAUAAGCUCCCAAUGCACCACCUCUGCUAUCGGGUCUCUUAAUUCUGAUACAAAACCCAUCACCACCCAAAUAAAUCCAACUCCAAAUGUAGUGAAAAGAGAACCUGAAGAACAAAAAGAAGAAGUUCAGGUGUCUGGAGAUGUGUCUGAGAACUCAAUAUAUGGUGAGGGUAUUGAGUUUCCUCAGAAUUCUUUCAAGAAGAAACGGCGGAAGGCUGAAAUCAUAGGAGAAGCUGAUUCUUGCAAGCGUUGUAAUUGUAAGAGGUCAAAAUGCUUGAAGCUCUACUGUGAGUGUUUUGCGGCUGGCUUAUACUGUGUUGAGCCUUGCAAUUGCCAGGAUUGCUUUAAUAAGCCUGUUCAUGAGGAAACUGUGCUUGAAACUCGUCGACAGAUUGAAUCACGCAAUCCUCUUGCAUUUGCUCCUAAAGUGAUUAGGUGUUCUGGUACUCCAAACAAUGAGGAAGAGUUGAUCAAAACUCCAGCUUCAGCUAGACAUAAAAGAGGGUGUAACUGUAAAAAGUCUGGUUGUCUGAAGAAAUACUGUGAAUGCUUCCAGGGUGGUGUUGGAUGUUCAUUCGGCUGCAGAUGUGAAGGAUGUAAGAACACGUUUGGUCGAAAGGAAGGAACUGAAAUUAUUUUAUAUCAAGAAACAAGAUUCCUCCAAAGGAAUGCAUCAGAUGUAAGUUCGCUUAAUGAUCUUCCCAUAACGAAUGAGGAGGAUCAUGAUCAAGAAACACCAGAGCCUUCAAUGAAUGCAAGGCAACCUGUGCGACAGCCUUUUCACUUUGGUAAAAUGGUCCCACGUUUCUCUUCGCUUUCUAGUGGGCCUUUCCUUCAAUCAUGCAUCCAGAAUUUUGACAAUCCAGAUCAAGCAGCCUUUGAGGAAGAUAUCAAGAUAGGAGCUCAAGAAGAUGAUGCCUCUGAAGCAUUGACGGGUGAAUAUUCGCUUCCUACUACUUGUGUUAAGUCUGCAUCUCCUAAUUGUAAAAGAAUUUCUUAUCCUCACUGUGACUUUGAAACAUCUCCUGCUUGGAGGAGCUGUAGGAAGCUGAUUCUCCGGUCCAUAUCAUCAUUUCCAACAUUCACUGCGGAGAAAGAAAGCACACAGUUGCAUGGGAAGCUUCAGUGAGAUAGUUACAGGUUUUUCGCACAUGAGAAAUUAUGAUGCAUGGCUUGGCUGCUUGGAGCACUUUAUUGUUUGCUCCUUUUUAAGGAGAUCAUCAAGGAAGUCAAUCAUAAACGCCUGUCUGCUGUCUCUUGUGUCUCCUUCAGAUUUACUAGUCCUUAUUAGUAUAAUCUUGUUUUCCUAGAUAUUAUUAGAUAAAGUCGUUUCUGUAGGCGUAUUGUACAAAAUAUUUUGUAGUAUACCGUGCUAUGUUAUGCUUUUACUGUGUAGAUCAAUGUAUUAUAUGUAUCGCUGUUAGUGUUGUAGCCAUAAGAAAGCUUCUCUAGAUGCUUAAGUUUUGCUUAGAAAAUUAGACUGCCCUGCAGGCUGUAGCCGUUGUUGCUGUCAGCUGUGAUAUAUUUCUAUAUAUUAGAUUAUAUUUUUUCAAUGUCUUAUAAUAUGGGUGCUGUGCUCUUUGCGGUUAGCAAUUCAUAAGCUGA